AUGGCCAAGGUACAGAUCACCGCAAUCGAGGUCCUUUCCGAACCCGGCGUCGAUUUCAAGGUCUGCGAUCCCUUCCGCUUCAAGAUACGCUUUGAGUGUCAUGAAGAUCUCGUGGCAGAUCUAGACUGGCGCGUGAUCUACGUGGGCUCGUCGCUCAGUUCCACCCAAGAUCAGGAGCUCGACGAGCUCUGCACCGGCCCAAUCACGAAGGGAACCCACGAGUUCAUCCUCGAAGUUCCCGGCCCAGAUCCAACCAGGCUUCCAGCCGCCGAGAUCGUCGGUGUCACUGUCGUCCUCCUCAGAGUCUUCUACCUCGAACAAGAGUUCAUCCGCAUCGGCUACUAUAUCAACAACGAGUACAAGACUGAAGAGAUGCGAAACGAGCCCCCAGAAAUGCCCGUGAUCGAAGAGCUCCGCCGGCUGGUGUGCGACAACCCCCGCGUGACUCGUCUCUCCAUCAACUGGGAAGAGAACUCGCCGCUGAUGCCAAGCCCCGAAGAAGAGGCUCAAUUCCAAGCGGACCAGUUUGAACACGAGCUCGACGCGAUCCUCAACGCUGCCGACACAGACCCUGCCGCGGUUUCCGCCGCCUUUGACGAGAUCUUCGCCCCGCCACCAGUUUUCGGAACUGAACACGACGAGAUGGCUUUGGACUAA